AUGGUUGCUGAAGCUAUAGACUAUAGAGUUUCUAGAAUUGUGAUUUUAUGUAAGGAUUGUGGUCAGGAUGCUGGACUCUAUCCUGCCAGACACAAAUGUGGUCAAUUAGACCCGCAUACUUUACAAGGAUUUGAUAUACAAAAUAGUAAUGAUGAAGGUAUCUGGGGAAAGCUUAAAGCGAUUCAAGGAAAUUCAAAUUUAAGGACCGGAUUUUUAAAUUCUACCAAGCAUAACAUCAAUGAAGAUUCGGAUAACGAAUCAGAAAAAGAAGAUUGGGAAGGCGAAACACAUGUUUCUCGAAUUUUGAGAGAAUAUUAUGAGAAAAAGUCUCGUAAUAAUAAAAUUACAAAAAACGAAAUCAGCAACAAGGAUAACAACGAGAAUGGCAAUAAUAAUUCAUAUUUGCAAAUACCUAAUCAUAAUAAAUCAAAUCCAGUAUCAACACCAUCGUCAUCACCUUCUCCAAUAUUCACCAGAAAAGUAUCAAAAUACCAAAAUAAUAGAAACCAUAGAAUAUAUGAUUCAAUAGAAUCUUCUAGUUCAACCGAAUCAUUAUCAUCACCAUCCAUAAAAUCCAACCCACCAAAAUCUCCUAAAUUACCUCCUAAAUCUCCUAAAAGAAAUACCCUUAAUACUAAUACAAAAUCUCCCAUUACUGUUAAAGAAAUUAAAAGCUUGAAUCUUCAGCAUCCGACAUACUGGGGUCGAAGUCCAAAUACCUGGGGUAGUUUAAGCGACUGGGAUAUUUAUUUUAUUGAUCAGAUACCUGGAUGCAGUAAAGAAGAAGCACAUAGAUCCCUGAGUAUUGAACUUGACAUCCUCCUUAGCAAUCUAUCAAAAUCGAGUCGUCGUUUUACCAAAGCAAAUGCCUUGAAAAAGGCCUUGGAGAAAUGUGAUAAUGAUUUUGCCAACAACUUGAUAUGGAAAAAUCAUAUUGAGAAAUUGAAAUCGCUUGCAAUUUCUGACCAAAUAAACAAACGUGAAAUACAAAGUAUUGCUAUGCGAGAAGAAAUAGGGUGUGCUGAAGAAUGGAUAUUGGAUAACAAGCCAGAAAAACGUAAAAAAGAAUCAAAGAUUGAAGAAGAGUCUUAUCAAAUAGAUGAUAAAUCAGAUACUCAAGAGAAUCUUGAAAACAGUGAGAAGAAUAAAGAAGAUAUUCAAGAUAAUGAGCAGACACCUUCAGUAGCUCCAAGUACCGCCAAAACAGAUGUGGAAUCAGAUCAUAAAUUGUUAAAAGAACUGCUUGGCAGUAAUCUUCAAUGUUCAGAAAAUAUGAAAUUCAUUUGCCAACACCAUAAUACACUAUAUCCCGAUGAAAAUUUAAUAGACUUACAGCCUAAUUCAAACUAUUUCAAGAAACUUCCUUUCAAAAUUUUGGAACUAUAUUUUAAAGUUUUGACAACAAAAUUGAGAAUUUAA